UGUUGCAUACCAGAGAUGCCAGAUGUUUUUAAAAUAGGUUACGACUGCUCGAAAAACCGCAUCAAUUUGCUUGAAAUCUAAUGGGAAAAAAACUAUCCGUGCUUCGAAAAAAUCUCCCGCAUAGGCAGAAGUUUGCAAAAUAUCUACAUAAAUUUUGAAAAAGUCUGCGUAAACAUGGGGAGACUCUGACAAAAAUCUGCAAAUAUGUGCGUAUCAAUAAAAUCUAACCCCGGACUCUCAAAAUCUGCCUGAUAUCCCUGGUUCUUCUGAGCGGUGAAUCCGGUGAAUCGGGUGAACCAUCCCAAUAGCGUUUUCGAGCAGUUGCAGACCCUGCAGACCUGUUUCAAGAACAUCUGGCAGCUCUGCUUUCUGUCAAUGCUCAGUGUUUUGAUUUAAUUUGAUAAUACAUAUUACAUUGUUAUGUUUAUGGUGGAAGAAUCUGGGCACGAAAAAUGCGUAAACUUUGCAGAAUUUGUAAUUUAUUGGGAGUUGGUGUAGACGGUACGGUACACCUUAAAAUGUGCAACAUAUUUUCCGCAGCAGAGGAAACACCACUAGCAACAUUAAUGCAAGAUUUGGUUAACAUUCAGAUAUCAGACAACGGUCAACGAUCACAGUACAUCUGUUUCGAUUGUAUGCAGCAGGUUAAAAUAGGUCAUCAAAUUUGGAAAAGGAUUCGUGAUGUGGAACUGCAGCCAUGUCCAGUGAUUACAAAGAAUGAAAAAAAUCGUGAUGGUGGAUCAGUCGAAUUAGAGUUUGUUCGAAACACCGAAAUUAAACCAGAACAAAUACCGGAAGGUGAAACUAAGGAUGACUAUCUCUACGAAUUUUUGGAAGACGAGUUCGUGACUGAUGAUGGUAAUAAUUCUGCAGUUACAACAUUCACAAAGGAUGCUGAGCGUGAUUCCUGUUCUGAAGAUCGUGAAUAUUCUGAAGAAGAUCCCACGAAAUUAUCCCUGCAACGUACCAUGAGAAAGGUUCAAUUUGAAAUGCCCAACCCACAAGUCGUUCUACGAAUCGACGAUAUGCCAGACCAUUUAGUCGUAGAAGUGAAAGGCGACCGAUGCUGCGGGUGUAGUUUUGUUGGAGAAAACAGAAGAGAACUUUUGCAGCACUCUACUAGUGCACACUCUAUCGAAAUCGAAGGAACUGGAAAUUACUGUCCCAUUUGUUUCUACAAAUUUGCAACAGAAAACAGCCUAACGAGGCAUAUCGACGCAUGCAAAUCGAGAAGCAUUUUUGUUUGCAAGAACUGUGAGCAGUACUUCAACCGACAACAUCAGAUUGAAGCUCAUUUGCAGAUUUGCAAAAUAGCAGGUAUUAGUGGCGAAAAAGUGGAGGAGUUUGUUGAAUCAACCGAUGGUGAAUAUGAUUCGAAUGCUGAGUUUUUGCUGAGUGAAAGUGAAAAUGAAAGUAACGUUGACAGUGAUGAAAACUCAAAACACCGAAAUAACGAUUGGACUGUUUCAAUGGAGCAAACAGAAUUUUCAUCUGGAAGCGCACAGUCAACAAGUUAUCCUAACUUCAUAAAAUUAAGCAACGUAAUUGAUUGUCAUGGUGUGCAACCUAGUAGUAUCCCUGAGUCCCAGAUUGUACAACGGGUUACCUUUCAAACGUUUCAGUAUCUCCGAUUGACAGGCGAGCGUUGUUGUGGAUGUGAUUUUAUUUGCUCUAAACGAGACCAACUCUUCAAUCAUGUUCAACAAUUGCAUGUACGAAAGGUUAACCUGUCCAAAGAAUUUAUUUGUCCAAUAUGCUAUCAAAGUUAUGCUAACGAAAAAGAACUUUCGAAGCAUAUUAACUAUUUCACCAGCAAAGAUUUGCUUAUUUGUUCUAUUUGCGAUGAAGUAUUUUGUGGUAUUGAAGCUCUGAAUCACCAUCAAAAGAAAAGCGUGAAACAUACGCAAAAUUUGCUUCAAGCAAACCAAGAAAAGAUGCUAACCACAACCGAAUUCAACGACGAAGAUGUGUUGAAACUAUUCAAAGCUGAAGUGACGGACAAAAUUAAAGCUAAAACUCGCACGAGAUCUAACAGACGGUCCAUUACGAAGCACCGACAUUUAACAAUGCCAGACACACAACUCAUUGAGCGAAUUGAGGAAUAUGAAAACUAUAAGGUAAUUACCGUAACUGGAGAGCGCUGCUGUGGGUGUGGACAGUUUUUCGAAACGUACAAUGAGCUACUUCAACAUGGUCACCAAAUCCACCUGAUAGACAACGCAGAUGCUGCUGGAGAAUACCAAUGUAUUGUUUGUUUCGCACGUUUUGAGUUUGUCAGAGGGCUGUUGUUGCAUCAAUCAUCGCGCAAGUCGGUUAGUAAACUCUUCCACUGUAAUAUCUGUAAUUUGAUCUUCUCCAAGCAAUUUACUAUGAAUAGACAUAUACAGACUGCUCACUCAAUAGAUCAUGAUCCCGAAAACAACGCACAACAAAUUGGGUUGAAGCAAAAUCAAGACAUAGUCGAGACUCUCCCCGUCAAUGUGCGAAACAAGCAAUCUAAAAUCAACGGUAAAUACGUUUGUUGUUUACCAAAAUGCGCCAAAGAAUUUUCCAGCGAAGAUUUACUGCUUGAUCACUGUUCAACAGAUCAUUCCGGUAAGCGACGUGAAAAUGAAGCUGAGAGAAGUAGCGAGUCGAACGUCUGCCCGGGAUGUAAUAAAUCCUUCGAAAACACCACCUGCCUUGUAUGGCAUCGAUUUACGCGCUUCACUAAGCACUAUCAAUGUCGUUUUUGUGAUCAAACAUUUACACGUUGGUCUGUCUACCGAGAGCACGAAAACACAGUCCAUUUGGGCAAAACAACAGAAUUCCCCUGCGAAACUUGUGGAAAGGUGUUCCGAACAGCAGCACGUUUGAAGGCACACCUGGAGAUACACUCUAGUUUACGGAAACACGUUUGUAGUGAUUGCGGAGCCAGCUUCCGAAACAAGGGAGUUCUUAAGCGUCACAGGCGAGCCGUACAUUCCACCGAAUUUCUCUUCGACUGCAAUCAAUGCCCGAAAAAGUUUCCCACCCAAGAGCAGCUGAACGCUCACAGUCGUGUGCACUCAGGAGCUAAACCGUACAACUGUCGGUUUUGUAAACGUGCUUUCUCGCACUUUACCGAUCGCAAGCGACACGAAAUGUCCACCCAUACUGGCGAACGACCCCAUCAGUGCAUUUACUGCCCGGCGGCAUACGUGCGCAAUCGUGAGCUGAUUAUUCACAUGCAGAAACAUGAAGUGUUGUAGAAUCAAUGUGCCUGGUGCGUAGUACGUUUUUCAUAUUACGGGAUGCACAUGGUUUUGUCUACUUUAAAGUGUUUAAAAUUGAGUUAAGUGAAGUCGAGAAAGUAAACAAAUUUUUCAACGAAUAAACUUGUAGUAAACAAUGACUAGGAAUAACUAGUGUUUGUUGAAACUUCGCCAUCUGUAACCAGUAACACAACUCAAACCCUUGCAUGUUUCUCUUUGACCCAUUUCGGAGAAGUCAUAAAUACUGCCUUCAUUAUCGUUUUA